UCACUAGGGAUUUUCACAUUAUGUCAACACUUGUUAAGAUCAUUACAAAUCAAAUUAUCGCAGACGCGGCACAGUGUUCGGUCGUUUUAAAAAUUUAAAUUCUUUGUGUUCGUUUAUUUGGAAAAGGUACACGUACAUUUCCACACGGAAGAUGUCUGGGGAUGUACAAACAAGAAAACGGAAAGAGAAGAGACGUAAAAAGGAUGAGGAGGACAGUCCCACAGUAGCCCCUACUUUUGGAAAUCCUACAGAAAAUGUAACAGACAAUGUUACUAUUCAUAUUUAUAAAGAGAACAUCACAGGAGGACACUGGUGUGCACGAAUUGUAUUCUUUGUUAUAUUAGCUGCUCUUGUCGGCUUAAUUGGUGUAAUUAUAUUUGAACACAGGGGCACUUCAGACAUUGAUACGCCGUUAGAAUCAUCACGCUGGGCUUUCAUUUUUGAUGGGUGGGUAGACGACUCGAUAUCUUUACGUGAUGAUGAAUCACAUGAGGAGACAGAACACAAAGAAAGUAAAGAAAUUGAAAAAGAUGAAGUAGAAGAGAGUCAAGAAGAAAAUGUUGAAUCUACAGAAGCUGAAACUUCUAAAGAAGAAGAGGAACAUGAUGAAGAAGAAGGUGAAGUAGAUGAUGAAAAUCAAAGUGAAGAAGAAAAUGAAGCUCAAGAAAAUGAAGUUGAAGAAAAUGAAGUUGAAGAUGAAAUGGAAGAAGACGAUAGAGAAAUUUUAGAAGAAAGCGAAGAAGAAAUAAAUAAGUAUGAAGAGCAAGAAGAGGAAGCAACUAAAAAUGGAUCAGAUGAAGAACAAAGUACAGUUUUUCUGGAUAAAGAAUAUAUUAGCACAGAAUUAGAUGAGCAAAACGAAGAUGAAAACAUUAGAAAUGAUAUUGAAGAAGAUGAAAAUAUUAAUCCACAGAAUUUUUAUGAUACUGAUGUAUUAGAAGAAAUUUAUGGUAUUAGUAAAGAAGAAAGUAAAGAAAGUAUGUUAUAUGAAACAGAAAAUCAAUUUCAAGAAGUCAUAAAUGAGGAUGUGUUCGAAAGAUUUGUAGACAUUCCUGGUAUUAAUGAAAUUAAUGAUGACAAUAUAGAACCUUUAGAAGAGGUAGAAAGUGUAGAACCUGAAGAAUAUGUUAGUGAUGUAGAUAAAAAGCCAGAAGAAGAAGAAGAAGAAGAAGAAGAGGAAGUUGAAGAAGAACCUAUUAGUGUGGCGAUGAAGUUUGGAGUUGGUGUGGCACUUGUUGUUGCUGCACAUUUUGUCCUUGUGAAACGGUGGAACAAUGAGGUUACGUUUGUUCCAAAUGAAACUCAGGUAACUUCAUCUGAGAAACAAAACAAGGAAGAACAUGUACCUGCGGAAAAGCAAAGGAUUUCAGAAGUAGGAGAAUCCAAACAAGUGUGUAGGCAAGAGAAGAAGGAAAAUGAAAGAGAAAAAGAAGAACAUAAUGAGAAAGAAGAAGAGGAAGAUGAAGAGUUAGAGUUAGAAGAGGAAGAAGGAGAUGAUGAAGUAGAUGAAGAAGAAGAAAUAGAAGAAGACGAAGAAGAAGGUGAUAGUGGAAAGUGGGAAUGGAAGGAAGAAAAUGACUCUGAACACGAAGUAGGAAUUGAACAAAAGAGUAAAAAACAUAAAAUAGAAUUUGAAGGAGAAGAAGAAGAUGAUGAAGAAGAAGAAGAAGAAGAAGAAGGAGAAGAAGAAGAAGAGGAAGAAGAAGACCAAGAAGAAAGUGAAAUUGAAAAUUUCGAUGACUCAGAAUUGAUUGCUAAGCUUGAAGCUAAAUAUGGAAAGUUAAAAAUUGUACAAAAUAAUGAAGAAGAUACAGAAGAAGAAAAAGAAGUGCAAAGUAAAAGCAUAACGAAAAGGAAACAUAAUUAACAGUGUAUUGGACUGUACAUACAUUUUAUCUAGAAAGUACAUGUAUAAACUUUGAAAACUGAUCGUAAUAUUGUAUAGCUUUUACAUUCAUAUUAUUUUUCUUUCUUUUUUCAGAAUUGCCACGAUUAAAUGUAAAAAAUAUGUUUCUAUGAUCCUUAAUGUUUUAAGGAAGAACUUAGAGUAUGAACUCGUACAAUGAUGAAAAAUUAGAUAUGUAUAAAGUAUAACUAAUAUGAGUUAUAAAAAAAAAUUUAAUAAAACUUAGCGAGCAUGGAGGAUCUGUUAUAU